AUGGCGCCCAAGCAGAGGCGAACGAAGGCGGCGCCCGAGCCGGGCGGCGAGCCGCAGACGAGCGCGGGCCGCGGGCCCGCCGCGGCAAAGGCCUGGGCUCCCUCCGGUGCCCUCGCCGCCGCCGCCGCGGCCGCGCUGGCGGCGGCCAUGCUGGGGGUGAGGCGCGGCAGGGGAGGGAACGGUUUCGCCGCUGCGCCGCCCGCCGGGCCCGGGCCCGCCGCGCCGGGGAACCGCGGAUCCGGGGCCGCGGGGGCCUCGCCCAGAGAAGCAGGGCCCGAGGACGUGGCGGCGCUGCACUCCGGCAGGUGCGGCGAGGGCACCACCCAGCGGCCUGGGCAGGUGACGUCCCCUGGCCCGUCCCUGGGGCGCUGGAUCUCCGUGGGCGAGUCCGCCGCCGAGGACGUGACUGAAGCCACGAGCGACGGGGUUCAGGUGCGAGCGAUCCGCCGCGAAGCCUUCGGCAAGCGGGUGGAGGCGCAGGCGUUCGAGCUCCGGGUCCACAGGGCCACGCUGGUGGUCUCGCAGGCGUCGCGGCAGGCCCUGAACGUGCAGAUGUCGGGGGUGCCGAGCCUGGCAGCGGGCGGGCAGGUUGGCGGGCUGCUGGGCACGUCGCGCCACGACAAGGCUAUCGAGAAGUUCACCCCUGAGUGCUCCGCGUCCAGGCAGCAGGCGCUGGACAGCUGGAUGGACUCGGUCGAGAUCGGCGAGUCCGCGACGGGCUCCACCGACGCGUAG